GCCUGCCCCGCGCGCGGCCACAGGGUGCCCGCGCGCCGUCGCGCGGCUGAGCGCGCUCCGGGAUCCCGGCGGCCCGAGAGUGUCUCACCUUCAGGAGAUGGCCUCUUCGAAGUCUUUGGUGAACCUUCUAACCUUCACUUUUGGCUCAGCAAUAGGAUUUUUUGUCUGCUAUCUUCUGUUUAACAUUAUACUAGAAGAACAGGUUAAGGUCCAACCUCAUGUUCUUCACAAUGAUCCACAUGGGCAACACUCAGCAGAUACUGACAACAAUCAGCUGCAAGGACAAAUGAAUUUCAAUGCAGAUGUUGGACAGCAUAAAGAUGAGGAUAAAAAUAUUGCAGAAGGACUGUAUCACAAGGUGAAAAUACUGUGUUGGGUCAUGACUGGACCUCAAAAUCUAGAAAAGAAAGCCAAGCAUGUUAAGGCCACUUGGGCUCAACGCUGUAAUAAAGUGCUUUUUAUGAGCUCUGAGGAAAAUAAAGACUUCCCAGCUGUGGGCCUAGAAACCAAAGAAGGCAGGGACCAACUCUACUGGAAGACUAUUAAAGCUUUCCAAUAUGUAUAUGACCAUUAUUUUGAUGAUGCUGAUUGGUUUAUGAAAGCAGAUGAUGAUACAUAUGUUAUAUUGGACAAUUUGAGAUGGCUUCUUUCAAAAUACAGUCCUGAACAACCAAUAUACUUUGGAAGAAGGUUUAAGCCUUAUGUGAAGCAGGGCUACAUGAGUGGAGGAGCAGGGUAUGUUCUGAGCAAAGAAGCUCUGAAGAGAUUUGUUGCUGCAUUUAAAACGAACAAAUGCACUCACAGUUCCUCUGUUGAAGAUCUGGCACUAGGAAAAUGCAUGGAGAUCAUCAAUGUGGAAGCAGGAGAUUCUAGGGAUACAAGUGGUAGAGAAACCUUUCAUCCAUUUGUUCCAGAACAUCACUUAAUCAGAGGAUACCUACCAAAAACAUUCUGGUACUGGAAUUACAAUUACUAUCCUGCUGUAGAGGGUCCUGGAUGCUGCUCUGAUCUAGCUGUUUCAUUCCACUAUGUUGACUCUGUGACUAUGUAUCAUUUGGAAUAUUUGAUUUAUCAUCUUCGUCCAUAUGGGUAUUUGUAUAGGUACAAUCCUGAUUCGUCAAAGAAUUCAGAAGAGCAGAGCAAAAAUGAAGCACUGGAGAAUAAUCAAAAGCUAAAGCAAAAAACUUCUGAGAGCUAACUGGACUUGAAAAAAACCAAAAAGAAGCCAGUACAAUGAGUAAGAGUUUCCUCAAACUUGUGCAUGAAGCUUGUGGACUGAAAUCACUCCUGGCAAUUUUUACUUCAGAAAUCAAGUUGUCACUGUGCAUACAAUAGAGUCUGGUGUUGGCUCUGACUGCUUGGGAUAGUGUGACCUUGCAGCGCUGCCCACGAAGAUUUGGGGCCCUAAAGCUGUGAAAUUGGAGGUUGCUCUGGUACAAUAAUAUUUGGGAGAGUUUGUAUGAAAACUGUAAGUGGACUGGUUCACAGAUGAUCGUACCCUAUUUCUGUUCCUUUUUCUGUUCUCCUCUUCUCCUCUUUCCUUUCCAUUAAGUCAGUUCUAAUAUUAGAAAUUGGAUGCUGCCCAGUCAAACACAUCAAGAUGGCUUUCUGAAGUAUUCUCAACAUCUUGAAGUUACUUUGCGUACCUUGCCCUAAAAGUAAGGCAGAGACACAGAAUUGGAUUCUCCAAUCUGCUUUGCCUUAACAAUAGAGUGGCAGAAUUUCACCCAUAAGAUUAAUCUGAAUUGUUUCAGAAACAGAAUUCACUGCUAUGAAUUACUUAUAAAGUUUUAAAUUCUGUUGUGCAAAACAAUAUGAAGUUCUGGGGAGGAAUACUCUUCUGAUGAGUAAUCAGAAACAGUUACUGUUUAAAUUAAAUUGCUGAGGUCAUACAAGCUGCUUACAUAUUUGCCUGUGGCUUUUUUUUUUUUUUU